AUGGCAUCUAACCUUCCUUCCCAGUGCUGUGUGAACUUUACGUUCCAUGCGGGCGAACCCAAAGGCUCCAUUGAAGAGAUCUAUGGUAACAAAGUGACAUAUGUCAGUGGGGACGUCAGCAACAAGAUUGUGAUUAUCUUCACAGAUAUUUACGGAGUUCGUUUCAAGAACGUCCAAUUGAUUGCUGACCGCUUUGCUGCCGAAGGUUACUAUGCUCUUAUUCCGGAUCUCUUUCAGGGGGAGAUUUUCACCGCCGGCUCCCCCAUUGAGGAGCUUUAUGCCUUUGUCGGGAAACAUGCCCCAAAUGCAACCACUAUUGCGUCCGAUUUCAUCAGCAAGCUUAAGGCUGAUAUUCCUGAGGCCAAAAUUCACGGAAUUGGCCAUUGUUUUGGAGCCAAGGUUGUGAUUCCAGGUCUUUCUGAGUCCGGAUUGGUUGAUGUAGGUGCUGUGGCUCACCCUUCGCUGGUGACCAUUGAAGAAGUUUCCCAGAUCAAGAAACCACUUUUGAUUUCUGCUGCGGAGUUGGAUCCAGCCUUUACUGUUGAGCUCAGACACCUUACCGAAGCCAAGCUGAUCGAGAUUGGUGCUGAAUAUCAGAUUACGUUGUUCGCUGGUGUCGAGCAUGGUUUUGCAGUCAAGGGCGACAUGGAGGUACCCAAGAUCCGCAAGGCUGCCGAGAAGGUGAUCCUUGAUCAGUUGUACUUCUUUGACAACUAUUAA